GUUCAGACAGUGAGCCCAGUUCCACAGCAUCAGAAACCCAUGAACAACACAGACAGAUGAACUCAAGACAGAAACAUCACCACUGCAUGGACUGCUUCACUAGUUUCUAUGAGCCAGAGGAGUUGAGAAGACACACUUGUAGGCCCCGCCCCUGCUCAGAUUGCAGAGGCAGUUUUAUUUGUCCACUUCACCUUAAAUCACACCAACAGACUCUCAAAAGAAAGAAAAUGUACCUCUGUGGUCAAUAUGGGAAUAGCAAACUAAAGAUGCACCAGAUAACUCACAAAGGGAAUAGUCCGUAUCACUAUCUCUUCCACUGCUCUGUGGGAAGAAUUUCAGUCAGUUACACCAUCUAAAGACACACCAGCUCACUCACAAAGGAGAGAAGCAUUUCCACUGCUCUCAGUGUGGGGAGAGUUUCACCAGUUUUUAUUUCCUAAAAAAACGCCAGCUAACUCACAGAAGAGUAGCCUUUCCGCUGCUCUAAGUGUGUGAACAGUUUCCGUUUGUUACACAACUUACACACCAGCCAACUCACACGUUGAAGAAGCCUUUCCACUGCUCCCAGUGUGCGAAGGGUUUCAGUUGGUCAUAAAAUAUGAAGACACACCAGUUAAAGUAUCAUGGCACUGACACUGGACAGAAUUCUCUUGCUAUAGAAAACUUCAAACCACACAGGUAAAACACAUGUAAACACAUCUUAUUGUUUUUACACUGCUGCUACUCGCUGUUUAUUAUCAAUGCAUAGUCACUUUACCCCUACCUACACGUACAAAUUACCUCGACUAACCUGUACCCCCUGUAUAUAGCCUCGUUAUUGUUAUUUUGUGUUACUUUUUAUGUUAUUUUAUUACUUUUAGUUUAUUUAGUAAAUAUGUUCUUAAAUCUAUUUGUUGAACUGCAUUGUUGGUUAAGGGCUUGUAAGUAAGCAUUUCACGGUGAGGUCUACAGCUGUUGUAUUCGGCGCAUGUGACAUAACCAUCCUUUUUACGCUGCUGCUACUCUGUUAAUUAUUUAUGCAUAGUCACUUUAACUCUACCCACAUGUACAUAUUACCUCAACUAGCCGGUGCCCCCCCGCACAUUGACUCUGCAACGGUACCCCCCUGUAUAUAUAGCCUCCCUACUGUCACUUUAUUUUACUUCUGCUCUUUUUCUUCUCAACACUUUUUUUGUUGUUGUUUUAUUUUUACUUUUUUUGUUUAAAAUAAAUGCACUGUUGGUUAAGGGCUGUAAGUAAGCAUUUCACUGUAAUGUCUGCACCUGUAGUAUUCGGCGCAUGUGACCAAUAAAAUUUGAUUUGAUUUGAUUAACACUAAUUGUCAUUAAUAAUACUAUAUAGUAAUACUAUAUAAUUUUCAGCUACCUUUAUAUAUUUUUAUUUAAGUUGCUGGCUACAUACCUACAGUAUCUAACUGACCUCAGCACAAAUAUCUUCUUCGAUUAGGUUUAACAGCGGUUGGCAUCCAAUAAAUGUUGCAUUACCGCCACCCACUAGACUGGAGUAUAACUCCCUUAUAUUUUUGCUUAAAAAAAAUAAAAUACAACAAAUACCCUACCAUCUAACGCUACACUCACAAAAAACAAAUAGCAGCACAAAUAUAUAGCCACUUCCGGUUUUAGAACGCGGGCGGAAGUUUACAGUGCGGCUGGUUCUCGGCCAGUUGUGUUACUCAGCCAAACAACUGACGACGAGGACUAUUUUUAAAAGGUGAGUUUAUGAUCUGUUGAACUGUUUAUGAGCGUGAAUAAAGUCUGGCUUCCAUUAUAAAUCGUCAGUGAAAGCCACAUUGGUGGAAUAACGGGUACUGAGGGCCAGAAACCUAUAUACUGUUAGCUAGCUAGCUAGCUAGCUUUGUUUAUUAGCAGAGAGGAAGAGGAGCAGCCCUUAACUAUUUUCCAUCACCUUAGUAGCCAGCUAGCUAACUUGGGUGGGUCUACCUUGGGGCUAUUGAAGUGAUGAGAAACAUUGUAAUGACGGCAGCUAGCUAAUCUCGGUUACCCAGAAGUAAAUUCUCGCUAAAUUUGGUCAGUUUUUCUGUCCAGUACAGUAGACAUUAACAACUAGCUAGGUAAUUACAGUAGCUACGACUUUUUAAAAAAUAACUAUUUUUGAAGAAAAGGACUAGGUGGACUGUAUAUGCUAGUUCAGGAGUGUUGCUGAAUCGGUCAGAACACAAUUAGGAGAUGGAGGUUAAUAAUCCACGUUUUAGGGUAUUUAUUAUAAACACAGUUACACACGAACACAGAGGCACACGGGGGAAGGUUAGGAGUUGGGGCUUGUAAGGCCAGUAGGAAGGUUAGGAGUUGGGGCUUGUAAGGCCAGUAGGAAGGUUAGGAGUUGGGGCUUGUAAGGCCAGUAGGAAGGUUAGGAGUUGGGGCUUGUAAGGCCAGCAGGAAGGUUAGGAGUUGGGGGCUUGUAAGGCCAGUAGGAAGGUUAGGAGUUGGGGCUUGUAAGGCCAGUAGGAAGGUUAGGAGUUGGGGCUUGUAAGGCCAGUAGGAAGGUUAGGAGUUGGGGCUUGUAAGGCCAGUAGGAAGGUUAGGAGUUGGGGCUUGUAAGUUCAGUAGGAAGGUUAGGAGUUGGGGCUUGUAAGGCCAGUAGGAAGGUUAGGAGUUGGGUCUUGUAAGGCCAGUAGGAAGGUUAGGAGUUGGGGCUUGUAAGGCCAGUAGGAAGGUGCGGUUGUGGGAGGAAGUGGCGGUCUAGACGAGAGACGAGGGACACGCAUUAGGAACACAUCAACAAAGGUGCAUGAGAUAAUACCAGAUGACUAUGGGUUUAACAUAUAGUCACAAAUGUAUGAGACUGCCAGGACUAAACAAUGCAAAGGAGCAAAUAGCAUUAGCAUAUCAAGCCGAGGCCAUGGUUUUACAAAGGGACAUAUCAUAAGCUAUAAAGUAUUCAUACCCAUACGAAUUUCAAGUGAUAAGGGCUAAAUUGAGGAUUAUGAUUAUUUGAUUUAGCUGAACCCACUGCGUUAGUACUGGGAUGGAACAAGAGCCUGCACACCAUGCAGAUGGGCUGUCCAGAACAGGAGUUGAAGGCCCCUGUUACAGUGCCUUCGGAAAGUAUUCAUACCCCUUGACUUAUUCCACAUUUUGUUGUGUUACAGGCUGAAUUCAAAAUUGAUUAAAUAUAUUUUUCUCUCACCCACAAUUCCCCAUAAUAACAAAGUGAAAACAUGUUUUUAUAAAUGUUUGCAAAUGUUUUGAAAUACAUAAAUAUCUCAUUCACAUAAGUAUUCACACCCCUGAAUCAAUACAUGUUAGAAUUACCUUUGGCAGCAAUUACAGCUUUGAUUCUUUCUGGGUAAGUCUAAUAGCUUUACACACCUGGAUUGUACAAUAUUUGCACAUUAUUCUUUAAAGAAUUAUUCAAACUCUGUCAAGUUGGUUGAUCAUUGCUAGACAGCCAUUUUCAAGUCUUGCCAUAGAUUUUCAGGCCGCGGUUCUGAAACACAUCAGUGCGCUGUUGAAUUGGUGCCUUUUCCUAGACCACGUUGCUAUGUGUAUAAAAGAAAAGUUAACCUGCAUAUUGGUGUUGAGAACAAUGCGGCGGAGGCAGCAGCAGAGUUAGGAGACAAUAAAACAGCCCUUGCCAUAAUUGUCUAAGAAAAGUGAGGAGAGAGGAAACCCCAACUUAAUUAGGUCUAUAAUCAACAGCCUAACUGUUAAAAGUGCCUGGCUUUAUAGAUCAUCCAUAUAUAUAACAUAUAACAUCUAUAUAUCUACAGAAAUAAGACAGAUCCUGCUUAUGUUGCCUGUUUGAGUGUUUUGUUAAUAGCCUACUGAUUUCAUGAACUCUUAAGACUCACGCAACCACGUCGGAUAAACAAUUUCACAAAUGUGGCUGUUUUUAAUCUUUGCUUUGCUGUAAUAAAGGCUUUACACUUUUUUUCUCUCUCGUUAGACCAGCCUCUGGUAUUAUUUAUAAUUGAUUUUGUGUUUACACUGUUCCAAAUGGUCAGAAAAAUAAUAUUUAUAAUAAUAAUAACUCUCCUUUUUCCUUUAUCUCUUUCAUAUUGUUAUUAUUAUAAUUAUGAUCAUCAUAUUAAUAAUAAGUGAUGUCAUUAUCAUUAGUAGGCUUAGUAUAGCAGCCUUGUAUAACCACCAUCAAGCUGUAGGCCUAAGAGCGCAUCCUGUUUAGUCUUAAUACCGUAACUUACUUAGGCCUAUACUUCAAUACUUAUAUAGGCUACUGUAUCAAUCAUUAAUCCGGUCAGGUCAUCACACAGCAUACGAGUCAUUCAUGAUUUGAAAUGCAAUCAAGCAUUUUAGUUUUAAAAUAAAAUAACAAAGCGAUCAUUGAAUAAUUAGCGUAAACAAUAAACAGGCCUAAACCAUUCCAUUUUAGGAAAUUGUAUUCACUAAUGAAUGCAACUGUUUUUAGUCUUUGCUGUAAUAAAGGCUUUGCAAAAACGUUACAACAGAUUCUCUGGUACGCUUAUCAUUUAUUUGGUGUUGUAUACAUUGUUCCAAACAGUCAGAAAAAUUAUUGUAAUCUAACAGCACCUGUUCGGCACAUACAGUGGGGAAAAAAAGUAUUUAGUCAGCCACCAAUUGUGCAAGUUCUCCCACUUAAAAAGAUGAGAGGCCUGUAAUUUUCAUCAUAGGUACACGUCAACUAUGACAGACAAAAUGAGAAUUGUCUUUCCAGAAAAUCACAUUGUAGGAUUUUUAAUGAAUUUAUUUGCAAAUUAUGGUGGAAAAUAAGUAUUUGGUCAAUAACAAAAGUUUCUCAAUACUUUGUUAUGUACCCUUUGUUGGCAAUGUCACAGGUCAAACGUUUUCUGUAAGUCUUCACAAGGUUUUCACACACUGUUGCUGGUAUUUUGGCCCAUUCCUCCAUGCAGAUCUCCUCUAGAGCAGUGAUGUUUUGGGGCUGUCGCUGGGCAACACGGACUUUCAACUCCCUCCAAAGAUGUUCUAUGGGGUUGAGAUCUGGAGACUGGCUAGGCCACUCCAGGACCUUGAAAUGCUUCUUACGAAGCCACUCCUUCAUUGCCCGGGCGGUGUGUUUGGGAUCAUUGUCAUGCUGAAAGACCCAGCCACGUUUCAUCUUCAAUGCCCUUGCUGAUGGAAGGAGGUUUUCACUCAAAAUCUCACGAUACAUGGCCCCAUUCAUUCUUUCCUUUACACGGAUCAGUCGUCCUGGUCCCUUUGCAGAAAAACAGCCCCAAAGCAUGAUGUUUCCACCCCCAUGCUUCACAGUAGGUAUGGUGUUCUUUGGAUGCAACUCAGCAUUCUUUGUCCUCCAAACACGACGAGUUGAGUUUUUACCAAAAAGUUAUAUUUUGGUUUCAUCUGACCAUAUGACAUUCUCCCAAUCCUCUUCUGGAUCAUCCAAAUGCACUCUAGCAAACUUCAGACGGGCCUGGACAUGUACUGGCUUAAGCAGGGGGACACGUCUUGCACUGCAGGAUUUGAGUCCCUGGCGGCGUAGUGUAUUACUGAUGGUAGGCUUUGUUACUUUGGUCCCAGCUCUCUACAGGUCAUUCACUAGGUCUGGGAUUUUUGCUCACCGUUCUUGUGAUCAUUUUGACCCCACGGGGUAAGAACUUGCGUGGAGCCCCAUUUCGAGGGAGAUUAUCAGUGGUCUUGUAUGUCUACCAUUUCCUAAUAAUUGCUCCCACAGUUGAUUUCUUCAAACCAAGCUGCUUACCUAUUGCAGAUUCAGUCUUCCCAGCCUGGUGCAGGUCUACAAUUUUGUUUCUGGUGUCCUUUGACAGCUCUUUGGUCUUGGCCAUAGUGGAGUUUGGAGUGUGACUGUUUGAGGUUGUGGACAGGUGUCUUUUAUACUGAUAACAAGUUCAAACAGGUGCCAUUAAUACAGGUAACGAGUGGAGGACAGAGGAGCCUCUUAAAGAAGAAGUUACAGGUCUGUGAGAGCCAGAAAUCUUCCUUGUUUGUAGGUGACCAAAUACUUAUUUUCCACCAUAAUUUGCCUACAAUGUGAUUUUCUGGAUUUUUUUUCCUCAAUUUGUCUGUCAUAGUUGACGUGUACCUAUGAUGAAAAUUACAGGCCUCUCUCAUCUUUUUAAGUGGGAGAACUUGCACAACUGUUGGCUGACUAAAUACUUUUUCCCCCACUGUAUAAUAUGCAUGCAGCUCUCCUUACCUUAUUUUUCUUGAUCUCCAGUAUUUUCCACAACUAGUCAAUUUAUUCAACACAUUUGACUUUACCUUUACAUACUGAGCAACCAGUAAACAUUCCCCCAGUUUUAAGGUAAUUUGUCACAGUGUUCAGAGUUUGUUAUAACCAAUUUAUUGAUGUGAUUAUGAUAUGCUAUAGGUCAGGCCAUAUUGGUUACAUGCAUGAGAUGCAUAUGUAUCACGUAAAGAGAGCAAGGGUUGAGGAAAUAGGGAAUGUUUUUCCUAAACAAAUUAGGGAUUUCGGUAACAGAACUUUUCAGUCAGAAAUGGCUGUAAUUAUGUUGCAGCUUCAGCAACAAGGACAGCGCGAUAAACACUGUUGAUGUUCUGUGGUGGUCGCUGCAGCAGGGAGGAGAGAGACAACGGGUGCUAGUCACACAGUCACUCACUGUCUUUUUUGUUUUAACACAGCGCAGCAAGUCUGAGCCAGGCCCGGCACAAUCAAAUCAAUUGCGGUUGGACUCCCUCUAGUCAUUUGUGUGUCUUAAUUAUUUCAUCAAACAGUUCGCUUAAAGCAUCAGACAUGCUCAGUGCAUAUAGUUGAGUUGAUUAAAACCCAUGGGUGUGUCUAUAUAUGGAAAAAUACACGUUUCUAACAUUUCGACCAAUCGAUUGGGCGAAAGAACAGAUGACUCUUGGUGGACCAAGAUGUUUUUUAGUUGGGGACAGCCCUACUAUGUCUACCACUUUGUGUAGCCUUUAGCAAUGAUGCUAAUGAUAACCUUCUGGUAGAGAUGGAAAGGAUUUCGCAAAAACCUUCUCAAUUAAAUGUUAACUACAAAGUAGCCUAUGCCUACCUGGCAGAAUGAUAUCAUGAUUAUUUGCAUCAAUCCAGUGGCCAUUUGUUUUGCAAACUCGUCAAUCAUGUGAGCGCUACAGAAACAUUGGUAACCAAACAAUGGUCUGCUGCUGGUGCACACUUGCAUUAAAGUAAAACUACACCCAAAAAUCUACAUUUAUUCUAUUUUUCCCAGACCUCAAAAGAGGCUUAAGCAUUGUUGUGGACUUACAACAUCCAAUUUAGUUUUUCUAGUAGAACUUUACACUCAGAAUAGCAGAUUUGGGCGCUGAUAAGCACCUAAAUUGGAACACGGUGGGCUGCACAUUUAACAUGCCAUAAAUGACGUCAGAGCUCAGGCUUUGCACUUCACAGCGCUGUGUGGGUUUUGACUGACAGCCGUUCUGAACUUGAGCAUCGGGCGCGACAAGUUGCCCCAAUCCCUCCCGCUAAUUGGGUAACUUUUUGCAAAUGUUUUGCUGUCUUGAGAGGGAAAUGCUGUAAAUUAAGAGGACUCUACGUAUUUUGAAAGAUGAGACUUUGAGGGACUAUAAUAAAUACUGGUCAUGUUGGCAAUAGAACAAGCUUGACCCAGAUUGGCAUUUAUAAUGGGCCGUGUUUGGAUUGCGUAAACAACAACAGUAAUUGUGUGAUGGUGGGGAUGCAGGAUUGUGUUCAAAACAACUACAAGUGUGCUUGCUCUAGUUCCUCAACGUCAUAGCUAGGAGAGCAACUAUACGUUUUUUUUUAUUUUUUUUGAAGACUUCUUUGAGUCAUAAAAGUCCAUUGAAAUGAACUAGGAACUGUGCACACUUUGGAGAGGUGUGUGGCCACUUGUAGACACCAGUUAGUCCUCUCACUCAAACCCUUGUAUUUUUUUUUGUCUUAUGUUGCACCUACCCCAACAUAUUCCAGGAAUAUUCUUAUCAUGUUACUGAAUGUUUCCAGAGUAUUUUCAGAUUUCGUUAUCAACAAAUGCGUCAAAGUACAAUAAAUGUAAAAUGCACAUAAAAUCAACAAUGUAAUGUUUGGAUAUAGUCUUGUCAGAUCAACUGUUGUGUCCUCAACUUUAGUCUAAUAAUUUUCCCAUAAUCUCCAAACUGUUCCCUUUCAAGUGCUACCGUGCAUAUGCAUAUGCAUUUCAUAUGCUGUUUACAUUUUUUAUGUAAGAAAUAUUUCAAUUUAGUCCUAUCAAUAUAGGCCAAUUCCCACAAGUGUAAAGGGUUAAAAACUGUGAUUUUGAGAGCGAAAGCCUGAAAAAACCUGGAAAAACGGAAACCUGGAAAAACUCAACGGAAUUUGGGAAAAACAUAACCGGGAACCAAAUUAAAACCAAUUUUAUAGAGCCCUACAACUGGCAGUCCUGUAGGAGUGCCAUGACUGUUUACAACACUUUUGAAUGUAUACUGAACAAAAAUAUAAACGAAACAUGUAAAGUGUUGGUCCCAUUUUUCAUGAGCUGAAAUAAAAGAUCCCAGAAGUUUUUCAUACGCACAAAAAGCGUAUUUAGCUCAAAUGUUUUGCACAAAAUUGUUUACAUCCCUGUUAGUGAGCAUUUCUCAUUUACCAAGAUAAUCCAUCCACCUGACAGAUGUGGCAGGGUGUGGCAUAUCAAGAAGCUGAUUAAACAGCAUGGUCAUUACACAGGUGCACCUUGUGCUGGGGACAAUAAAAGGCCACUCUAAAACGUUUUGAGGGAGUGUGCAAUUGGCAUGCUGACUGCAGAAAUGUCCAACAGAGCUGUUGCCAGAGAAUGUAAUGUUCAUUUCCCUACCAUAAGCCACCUCCAACGUCAUUUUAGAGAAUUUGGCAGUACAUCCAACCGGCAGACCCCGUGUAACCACACCAGCCCAGGACCUCCACAUCCGGCUUCUUCACCUGUGGGAUCAUCUAAAGAGGGAGAUGGGGGGUGCUGAGGAGUAUUUCUGUCUGUAAUAAAGCCCUUUUGUGGGGGAAAACUCAUUCUGAUUGGCUGGGCCUGACUCCCAAGUGGGUGCCCAGUCAUGUGAAAUCCAUUGAUUAGGGCCUAAUGAAUUUAUUUCAAUAGACUGAUUUCCUUCUAUGAACUGUAACUCAGUAAAUUCUUUGAAAUUGUUGCAUGUUGAGUUUUAUAUUUUUGUUCAGUAUAGUUUUAGCUAGCUAUGUGCAACUCACCCUCCACUGUAUCUGCCUCUUUUGACUAAACCACCUACAGAUCCACCUACUAGCCUACCAUGUCUGAACCCAAGUCCAUGGAGUCCCCAGGUUCUGGCUGUGGUGUUCCAGCCCAGAGAAGCUCACAGCGGGGUCCAGAGAUGGUCUCAGUGAAGCUGGAGGACUGCAGUCAAACACUGGAACUCAAUGUGAUUAUCAAAGAAGAAGAAGAGGAGACAGAAGUCCAGGAGGAAGUGGAGGAGAGUGGAGUAAAAGAAGAGCAGGAGAGAGCAGUGAAAGAAGAGGAGAACAGGGAUGUGUCUGCUCCAGAUCUAGAGGAAGAGGAGGAAGAAGUAGAUCGUAUCACUGAUCCAGGUAAGUUCAGGUGUGGAGUACGGAGAGAGGUUGGUGCCUUGGAUCUAGAGGAAGAAGUUAGAUAGUAUCAGUGACCCAGGUAGUUCAGGUGUGGAGUACGGAGAGAGGUUGGUGCCUUGGAUCUAGAGGAAGAAGUAGAUAGUAUCAGUGACCCAGGUAAGUUCAGGUGUGGAGUACGGAGAGAGGUUGGUGCCUUGGAUCUAGAGGAAGAAGUAGAUAGUAUCAGUGACCCAGGUAAGUUCAGGUGUGGAGUACGGAGAGAGGUUGGUGCCUUGGAUCUAGAGGAGAAGUAGAUAGUAUCAGUGACCCAGGUAAGUUCAGGUGUGGAGUACAGAGAGAGGUUGGUGCCUUGGAUCUAGAGGAAGAAGUAGAUAGUAUCAGUGACCCAGGUAAGUUCAGGUGUGGAGUACAGAGAGAGGUUGGUGCCUUGGAUCUAGAGGAAGAAGUAGAUAGUAUCAGUGACCCAGGUAAGUUCAGGUGUGGAGUACAGAGAGAGGUUGGUGCCUUGGCGACCACAGGGGAUUCUAAAACUGUAUUAUUGUGCUUCUACUUGCAUCAACAAGUAUUUUAAAGCCCCCUUCAAUGCUCUGUUCCUGAUUCUAAAGGCCUUUUCACACCAACUGCCAUACAUUUGUUUUGGGUCUGAAUUCCGGAACAAUAUGGAUUCCGAUUUUGACACACAAAACCAUCAUAGUUGGGGUGAAUUCAGGAAUCCCACUGAAAUUCCAAUUCUCUUCAAUGCUUUUCCAUGAGGUUUACUUUCUGAAUUGAAACGGAAUUGACCCCAACCCUGAAAACCAUUCACACCAAGUCUGAUGCGUUUUCCCCCACACUUUAAUGAAAUAUUCGUUCAACGUCACAAGCUGCUACAGAGAGGAAGGAUGGUGUAAUGAGAGAUAAAUAAUAUUGUAGUGGGGCAAUUCCACCGUAACGGAAUUGCGCUGAGAGAAAAUGGAUGCCAAACAAAAAGCAUUGAUUUCAACGGUUAACAAACCAUACAACUCUAUGCACAAGGACUACUUUUAACAAUUUCCGCUGAACAUUUUACAAAAACACAUUUACUGGAAGAACUGAGCAGAUGCAAAGUCUGGAAACAGUUUUUUAUGUGUCCACGCUUUCCCAAAACACUUCAAUAUCUGCUCUGAAUUUAGAUUCAACGAUAUCUGUAGAAAUUAAGGGGUGUCAGCUAUGACAUGACACAUUGACUUUGAAAAAAAAUAUUUUGGUUAUUGAAGUGGAUUUACACCCGGUAACUGAAUUACGGUAGCGGAAUUUCAUUAUUGGUCGCUGACCUGUACUAUACAGAAAUGCUGAAUGAUGGAUAUGAAAGUGAUGCUCUUCAUGGUGAUAUAUCCUGAACAGGAACACAAAGGUAGAAAUAUACAAUAUCAUCCUUUACAUAUACGGGUGUUAUUCUACGCACUGGCUAUUAUUUUAAUGAGCUCUGCCUCCAAACGACCAAAUUUGGUUGGUCCGGACCGGACCAAAUCUGAACCAAUCAUAAACGUCUACUGUACUGAACUCUACUGUACUGAACUCUUCUGUACAGUACUGAACUCUACUGUACUGAACUCUACUGUACUGAACUCUACUGUACUGAACGCUACUGUACUGAACGCUACUGUACUGAACGCUACUGUACUAUACUGUACUUUUCUUUACUGUACUAUACUGUGCUGUGGUUUGUGACUACUAUGAUUUUCCAUUGUAGCCAAUUCAAUUGCAGAAAUUCCGUUACCGAUUUUAUCAGAAAUUAUUUUACUGAUUUGGUAAUUUCGAGUUUUAAUCACUUAAUAAUUCAAAGAAAAUUGAUAUCAGUAAAAACACUAAUUAAUUGGUAGGUCUACCUUUACUUGUUACUUCUGUGAACUUUCAUUAUCCUCCCUCCUCAUGAGGGAGAGACGUGAAAAUAUCUUAAAGAUAUGUGGGUUUUUGGUAACGGAAUUUCAAGGCACAAGGCAAGGUUUCUUAAACUUACGGAAGGCAGAAAAGUUUAUCCAAAACUAAAUCUAAGUGUUGAUAUUAGUUGGCACGGGUCUUUACUUCAACAUUAUUGUGUUUUGAUGUAUUUCUAAUACCUUUUUAAGACUUUUUCUAGUAAAUGUUUUCUAAGACCCCUUUUCUAUCUGUUUGACCUGAAAUCAAAGUCUUUGCUUAUUCCAAAAUUUUAAGGAUGGAAAAUGUUUUAAAUAUAUAUAUAUAUAUGCCUUAAUUUCUCAAAAAGAUAGACUCUGCUUUCAUUUGGCACCCAAUUUGACAUGCUCCUAUGAACUUCACAUGUUGGCGCUUAUAAGUCCUUUUUACAUGGAAAUGACCAAUUACUCCAAUAAGGCUACAGUCUAAGCUAAACAACUGAAGAUAUUAUAGCAUGAAUAAAUCACGACAGGAGGUAGGCUGCGUCUGCUUCAGUUGCAUCCCAUUUAAUAAGAGCGGAAACUCUAUAAACUGACACCCGUCGUCAUUCCUCGUACAUGUUUGAUCAUCGCGUGACACUUGCCGACAUGCUGUAAUGUGUCGUGCUUGUAUUAGUUGUUCCUUCUGUCCGAUGUAAAGGGGUGGAGUCCAGUCAGAGCGGACCAACUCACACACCCAGCUAAAAGGACCCAUCAAUCCAAGCCACCAGCGCAUCUCAGACACAAACGCAAACCACAUUUUCUUUAUUUUUUUUAAACGCAGUAAAAAAACGUACGCCUAUAGGCUACCUUCAAAUCCUGGCUGUAGGCUGUCAAAAGCUAGGCUACUACUAAAGUUUGAGAGAGAGAGAGAGAGAGAGCCUCUAUGCCUCUUCUCUCUGUUCCUCAUUUCUAUUCCUCUUCCCUAUUCUCUCUAUUCCUCUUCCGUCCUCUCUCUAUUCCCUUCCCUCUUCUCUUUAUUCGUCUCCUCUCUAUUCCUCUCUAUUCCUCCUCCCUCUCCUCUCUAUUCCUCUCUAUUCCUCUUACCUCUCCUCUCUAUUCCUCUCUAUUCCUCUCUAUUCCUCUUCCGUCCUCUCUCUAUUCCCUUCCCUCUCUCUUUAUUCCUCUCCUCUCUAUUCCUCUCUAUUCCUCAUUCCCGUCAUCCUCCUAUUCCUCUCUAUACCUCUCUAUUCCUCUUCUCUCUGUUCCUCUUCCCUCUCUCUUUAUUCAUCUUCUCUCUGUUCCUCUUCCCUCUCCUCUCUAUUCCUUCACUCCUUCUCUAUUCCUCUAUUCCACCUCUCUUUAUCCUCUUCCCUCUUCUCGCUAUUCCCCUUUCCUCCUCCUUUAUUCCUCUUUCCCUCUUCUCUCUAUUCCUCUUCCCUCUUCUCUCUAUUCCUCUUCCCUCUCCUCUCUAUUCCUCCCUUCCUAUUCAUCUUCCCUCUUCUCUCUGUUCAUUUUACAUUUACAUUUGAGUCAUUUAGCAGACGCUCUUAUCCAGAGCGACUUACAGUUAGUGAGUGUAGACCAUAAUUUUUUAUUUUUCAACUGGCCCCCCGUGGGAAUCGAACCCACAACCCUGGCGUUGCAAACGCCAUGCUCUAUCAAAUGAGCUACAUCCCUGCCAGCCAUUCUCUCCCCUACCCUGGAUGACGCUGGGCCAAUUGUGCGCCGCUAUUCUCUCUAUUCCUCUUCUCUCUGUUCCUCUUCUCUCUAUUCCCCUUCUCUAUAUUCCUCUCCUCUCUAUUCCUCUUCUCUCUGUUCCUCUUCCAUACCUCAUCUCGAUCCCUUUCCCUCAUUCUCUCUUAUUCCCAUCUUCUCUCUUGGAUUCCUACUUCCACUCUCCUACUCUAUUCCUCUUCCCUCGUCACUCUAUCCAUCGUUCCCCCCCCCCUCUAUUACUGUCCCUACUCCUACUCUACCUUGGCCUCGUCCUCUCUUGUCCUGUUCUCUCUCUGUUAUCCUCUCUCUUCCUCCUCUCUCUCUAUUCUCUCCCUCUAUUCCCUUCCCUCUACUCUGUUUCUUUCUUUCUCCCUCUUCCUCUCUCCUCUUCCUCUCCUCUCUCUUCCUCCUCUCUCUAUUUCUCAUAGCUCUUCAAUGAGUAGCCUGGUGACAGAUUGGUAAAUUGCUGCACUGAUGCAUUGCAAACAUACAAAACAGGCAGAGAAAAAUUCAUAAAUUCAUACAAACAACUAACUUUUCGGUGGCCUUUUCAGUGGCAGAACACAUAUCCCAGAGAACACUUUCUUUUGGUCAACAGUCUAUUUUUGCAUGCAAAAACCCCCCAGCAAAUAUCGAAUGUGUUCCGAAUAUAUUAUUGACGGAUUGCGGCAGGACAAUUUAAAUAUGACAUGCUCAUGUUUUUCUUUUUGGUCCGAAUUAUUUGGACAAAAAAAUGGACUUGGUGAGAAAAGGGCCUUAACCACAGUAUCUAAAAACUGGAUUUAAUAGUUUCUUGUUCACAGCUCAGCGAUGAAAACGGCGACUUCCCAAUCAGAACCGAUUUAUGGAUAUAGCUUCCAACACGGAACAUGUGCUGCUAGCAGGUAGUCGUUGGAUCGAACGCAUUCCCUUUUGGAUACGAUUAGACCUCGUCUAAUUAUUAGACCCCGUCUUAUUAAUUAAUGAAACCAUUAAUAAAGAGUUGUAAGUUUGGGCUAGUGCCAUCGCCUGCUGUUGUGCCCUUGAGUAAGACUCUUAACCCCGCACAACAACUGCUCCACGACCACCAUAGUAUGACAGCCCUCUGCUCCAACAUGUAUGUUUAUGUUGGUUUUUAGGAGGGGUUGGGUUAAAGAGGAAGUCACAUUUCCAUUGGGCCUUGUGUUCAAUUGGACAAAUGAAGUGAUCUUAAUCAAUCUUAAACUAGUUUUAAAGCCACUUUCAAUGCUCUGUUCCUGAUUCUAACCCCAUAUCUGUCCAUAUUCCCACAGGAGAGAGCUCCAACCCAGGUUCAGACAGUGAGCCCAGUUCCACAGCAUCAGGAAACCAUAAACAACACAGACAGAGGAACUCAAGACAGAAACAUCACCAUUGCAUGGACUGCUUCACUAGUUUCUAUGAGCCAGAGGAGUUGAGAAGACACACUUGUAGGCCCCACCCCUGCUCAGAUUGCAGAGGCAGUUUUAUUUGUCCAACUCACCUCAAAUCAAUACCCACUAAAAAAAGAAAGAAGACAUACCCAUGUGGUCAAUGUGGAAAGAGUUUUCAGACUCCAAGCAAACUAAAAACACACCAGCGAACUCACACGGGGGAGAAACCUUUCCAUUGCUCUGUUUGUGGGAAGAGUUUUUCUCUUUCACAGAACUUAAAUAGACACCAGCUAACUCACACAGGA